AUGGAUCCAGCUUUGUUAAAAGAAAGAGAAUUAUUUAAAAAGAGAGCGUUAACGACUCCCACGGUAGAAACUAAAAAAAAAUCAGAAAACAGUACACCGUUAUCACAAUCAAAAGAUGAUUCUAAAAAAUCUAGGCCUAGGCCAGCAUCAUCAGGCCCUAAAUUGGAUGCCACAACAUAUAAAACAAUGACAGGGAGUUCAAAUUAUAAAUUUGGUGUAUUAGCUAAAAUUGUUAGGCAUUUAAAAGCGAGACAUCAAGAUGGCGAUGAUCAUCCAUUAUCGUUGGAAGAAUUAUUAGAUGAAACGAAUCAAUUGGAUGUUGGAAACAAAGUCAAACAGUGGCUUUUAAAUGAAGCUUUAAUUAGAAAUCCCAAAGUUGAAGUCACACCUGAACAAAAAUUUUUAUUUAAACCCCCAUACAAAGUCAGGGAUAAAAAAAGUAUGUUGAAAUUAUUAAAACAUCACGAUUUGAAAGGUAUGGGAGGGAUUCUAUUGGAAGACAUUCAAGAAUCUCUACCGAAUUGUGAAAAAAUUUUAAGAAUAUUAAACAAUGAAAUUAUUUAUAUACAAAGACCUAUGGAUAAAAAAAAAAUUUUAUUUUACAAUGAUAGAACUGCAAAUUUAUCAAUCGAUGAAGAAUUUCAAAAAUUAUGGAGAGCCGUCGCUGUGGAAAGUAUGGACGAUCAAAAAAUUGAAGAAUAUUUAGAGAAACAGGGUAUUAAAUCAAUGCAAGAUCAUAAUCUUAAAAAAUUAGCAGCUCCGAUAAAGAGGAAAAAAGUAGCAAAGAAAAGAACAUUUAAAAAACCUAGAGACAAUGAACAUUUGGCUGAUGUUUUACAAACCUAUGACGAUAAAUAA